AUGAACUUAAAAAAGGAAAUAAAAUCAAAAAGAUCUGAAUUAAAACAAACAUCACCAUCAGCUACUUCUGAAAUAGAGUGUUGGCCAUUAUAUACUGAUGUAAUUAAAAAAUACCGUGAAAUUAUUAAUACACGUGUUAAUGGGGUAUAUGAUAAUGAAAUGCAAUUAAAAAUUGAAGAACCGAUCUUUACAGCAACUAAUUUAUCACGAACAACUAGUAUUACACAAACAAUGGUAUUAAAAUUACUUGAAGAAAAUGCUGGUGUUGCUUUACCUAAUUUUCCAUCAUUUAAUAUCAUUGAACGACUUUCUCAUGCUGAACAAAAUAAAUUUCGAAAACCAUAUGAAGAUUUAAUUGAAUCAUAUAGUGAAUAUUCGAAAAGAGUGUUUAUUAAAAUAUUAAAUCAAAUUUUUGCUGAAGAGACAAGUUAUAAACAUCAAAUAAUACAUAAAUUAACUGAUGUAAUUCUACGUGCUAUUGAUGAAAGUGAAACAUAA